AUGAUCAUGGCUGACCAGGACAGCGAUGGCUCCCACAUCAAAGGGCUGCUGAUCAACCUGAUCCAUGCAUGGUGGCCUUCGUUGGCGCGGCUGCCUGGCUUUCUCAAGGAGUUCUUCACUCCAAUUGUCAAGGCGAGGAAAGGCCGCACCGAAACUUGCUUUUACACGCUCCCGGAGUACGAGGCUUGGAAGAAGGAGACCGACAACGGAAAAGGCUUCAAGAUCAAGUACUACAAAGGUCUUGGAACCAGCACACCCAAAGAGGCCAAGGAGUACUUCAGCGCCCUUGAGUCGCACAAGAUGCAGUAUCGAUAUGAUGGAGUCGAAGACGACCGGGCAAUUGAUCUCGCCUUCAACAAGAGGCGAGCAGAUGACAGGAAGACCUGGAUCAAUGCCUACGAGGAAGGGCGUCUGGUGGACCACACGCAGCGGGAGGUUAGCUACAAGGACUUCGUGGACAAGGAGUUGGUGCUUUUUGCCAAAGCCAACGUGGCGAGGGCCAUUCCCUCUAUGGUGGACGGCUUUAAGCCGAGCCAACGGAAGGUCCUCUUCGGCUGCUUCAAGCGGAAGCUGCGUCACGACGUCAAGGUCGCCCAGCUUGUGGGCUACGUGUCGGAGCAUGCCGCGUACCACCACGGCGAGAUGUCCCUGUCGGAGACCAUCGUGGGUAUGGCGCAAGAUUUCGUCGGGUCCAACAACAUCAACCUGCUCGUUCCGCAGGGCCAGUUCGGUACACGACUGCAGGGCGGCAAGGACUCGGCUUCUGCGCGAUACAUCUACACCCGACUGGCGCCGAUCACUCGCUGCCUCUUCCCGGCCUCAGAUGAUCCUGUGCUGGAGUACCUAAGCGAAGAUGGCCUGUCCAUCGAGCCUCGCUGGUACUGUCCCGUCAUACCGAUGGUCUUGGUGAACGGUGUCGAAGGGAUUGGCACCGGCUGGAGCUCCUCGGUGCCGAACUUCAAUCCCCGAGAGAUCGUUGAGAACCUCAGGAGGUGGCUGAAAAAGCAGGAGAUGAAGGAGAUGAGCCCGUGGUUUGCGGGCUUCACUGGCAGCAUCUCGAAAGGACGAGAAGAAGGCAAGUGGGAGGCCACGCCCGCUUUGGAGAACAUCGGAGACAGGUUUGGGGAGACAUGGGGAGACAGUGACGUGUCGAGGUCACGGGCAGCGUCCGGGAAAGCCGAAAUCACCGAGCUGCCGGUGAAGCGCUGGACGCAGGACUACAGGGAAAUCCUGGAAGAGAAUCUUCCCAAGGGAGAGAAGAAGCGAGAGGGGCCAAAGCUGUUGGAAGACUACCAAGAGUACCACAGCGAGAAGACCGUACAUUUUGAGUUGUCCUUGAGCUCAGAGGGUCAGCUGCAGGCUGAGAAGGACCGCCUUUCCCAUUCGGAAUCCUUCGGAGAUAAGCAGCCAUCAAGCACGUGCGACAACCUGCAGGCAUUGAAGCUUCGGUCGUCCAUCAGCAUGAACAACAUGAUGCUGUUUGAUGCGGAUGGAAAGAUCAAGAAGUACGAGACUGCGAAAGACAUCCUGCAAGACUUCGCAGAAGUUCGGCUGAGGAUCUACGAAAAGCGCAAGGCGUACCUCUUGGCACGGCUCACUCGCGAAUGUGAGGUCUUGAGCGCCAAAGCACGCUUUGUGAAGCUUGUGAUCGAGGGGAAGAUUGUGAUCCGGAGGAGGAGAAUCGCCGACUUGGCCCAGGACCUCCGCAAGAAUGGCUUCAAGGCGCUGCAGGAUCUCCAAGGUCAGCCCUCGGAGGACAAGGAGGAGGGACACGAGAGGGUCUGUUGGACAGACUCAUGCACAUAG